AUGCAUCAUGCUUUUCGCGUGGCCGAACUCCUUCGAAUGGUCUUGGGAUACGUCGCGCACCGAGAUCUCGCAGCUGUGUCGGCAACGUGCCGGAACAUCUCUCCUAUAGCAUCCGAUCUGCUCUGGGAAUCACCGGGAUCUCUGGUUCCUCUUGUCCGCCAAAUACCUGGAAAGUUUAAGAGGAUAGUGAAGGGUCCAGCUAUGAGCGUUUACAUGUCCAGUCAUGAACCGCUUACUUCGGAAGAUUGGACAGCCAUUCGCCGCUUUGCAAAGCGCAUCAAACGCUUCGAAAACCUUACGGGAAAUGAAUUUGAAGGCGGCAGAAUUGACUGGGUCAACCUCGGUGUCCUAUAUGCCCUCUCCAAAUCCCCUACACCUGAACCUUUGUUUCCGAGGCUCCAGAGCGUUCAUUUGCGUUCCAGAGAAAACGAUUGUGUCUUCUUCUUGCCCGUAUUGACGACCGUCUCCCUGAAGCAUCUCCACUUCGAUGUCACGCCCUGGAUGAGGGAGCCUCAUACAUGGAAGUCUGAAUCAACUAUAGUCGAAGCCUACAAGAAGGCUGCCUCUGUAUUCGCCGAGAUAGGCGAGCGCUGCCCGAACUUGGAGACGUUUGUACUGCCUUGUGAUCCCGGCUUGGAUGACGAAUGUAGCACUCGAUGCAUCUCGGCUAUACGCAGCAUGGUACCCUCUUUGAAGCGCCUCCGACACUUUGAGUUCCAGCCCAUUGACAUCGACGUAUUGCAUCACCUUUCAGCUCUUCCUGAACUACACACCAUGGCGAUCACCCUACCCGACGGGUUGCUCUCUGCGGAACAAUUACACGCUUCUGCUUUCCCAAAAAUUAACAACUUGACGCUUGUGCACGCCAGUAGCUUUGGGCCUUGCGCAGGAUUCAUCCGCGGUUCUCCCCGUCGGCUCCGAUUAUCACGCAUCAUCAUCCGCUCGAAAGCUCCCGGCCCGGGGCUCAAAGAAUUGCUAGAAGCCAUGCGGGACAAUUGCUGCCCGUCAAGUUUGAAGGAGCUCCGUGCCCACUUCGCCGUUUUACGCUCCACAUGCAAGCUCAAGCUUCAAGUCUCAAGCCGUCUCAUCCCAGGCCCUCCAUCUCCCCCAUCAAGUUCCGACACGCCCGACGACGUCCCGAGCGUUGUCGUGCUGAACUGCGACGUCAGCGGGUUUGUCUGCACCGAGUGCCGCGGCUCGGGCCCUUCCGUAAUGCUCGGCAGCGGUGAACUAGACCCGCUGCUCGCUGUGCUCGUAUUACUCGGCACGAGCACGAGCUCCGAUAAGCACGCCCCGAGCCCGCUCAAGACGCUCGACCCGCCUGUGCAGUUUGCCGCCACACACGCCUCGCCGCGCAGAACAUUGCGGCCGCUGCUGCACGUGAGACACCCACUCAGCGCUCAGCCCCCGGCCCGCACUCCGCAUCGCCGUCGCAAACAGCUGGGGCGGCCCGAGCUCGCCCGAGCUCACGCGAGAGGCAGCGCCGGCUCACAGAUAUCCCCGUCGACGAGCGUUGACGUUGCGAUGUGCGAUGGGAGACGGCGUCCCGUCCGGACGGCGCUCCGGCUCCUCGCCUCUCCGCUGCCGCUCGGAGCGCAGCUCGCCCUUCCCGUCUCCCCGCCGCCUCCGCCGCUCGCCGCCUUCUCCUCGCGUGCAGCGCGGCAGUUUCACACGGAACGUACCCCCACACAAAUGCGACAGCAGACUGUGCAGCCCCUCGCUCGUGUCCUUGCGCACCCGUUCCUGCUCUCGCACUCCCAUCGGCGGUGGCCCGCUCCCACGCUGAGGCGCUCGCGG